CCCGCAUGUUGUGAUGAUACAUUUAUCCGUGUCAGAAGUAGGAAAAAGUGACAGUAUCGCUGAGAGAACGAUCACAUUCACACCUAUCCGAAGUAGAUGCAGAGCCGGGCCGGCAGCCGUCCCUAGUCUACCAAUGCAGUUCCAUGAUUCCUAGCAUCUCGAUCGGGCAUAGCGACGCUGUAUCGUAGGUGCCUCAAAGUAGAAGCUUGGGUGUAUGUACUUGCUAACGCUUGUAGCGCUAAAUUACAUGCAAUGUGCUGACCCGCGGGCCGACUCGCUGCACCAUGGCAGGAUACGGCGGGAGUAUUGGUGGGGUUGGAGGGUUGGAUUGGGAGGGAGUGUGAACCCUGAAGGCACGAGUAUACAUGGCUUGGUUGAUACCUAUUUGUGCAGAAAAACCAAGCACAAUGGCACAGUAUUGCAACGAUAUACCGAUACGGUCUUGAUGUACAGAGACCUCCAUUGACCCUUGUUUUCCAUGGGGAUGUCAGAC